AUGCUGUCGCAGCUCCUUCCACCCCGCGCGACUGGCGGCGCCGAGGACGGGAUCCGACGGGAUCCGGCAGGAACCAGCCUGGGACGGCCAGAUCUGUUGGCGGAGGAGAGAUUCCGGCCGGGGACGGGGGCAGCUGCGUCUGGCGGCGGGAACGGCGGCGGUGACGGCUUGACAGGAGACGACAAGGGAGAGGGGAAAGAUGUGAGCGAGCAAGUCGACUCCGGCCGCCCUUGCGCGCUGCUCGCGCCGUCGUCCCCAACCGCCCGCCGGCUCCGACCGCCCCUGCUUUGCCAUCGCGUGCGCGGCCUCAUCCUCGCCCAAGCCGGUCCGCGCCGCUCUGCCCUCGCGCGUGUUAACCCGUCGCUGCACCUGGCCGUGCCCGACCUCCCCCGCACGGCGCGCGCCGGCUUCGCCCGGCCCCACUCUGCCUUCGCGUGCGCGGCCCCGUCCGCGCCCAAGCCGGUCCGCGCCGCUCUGCCCUCGCGCGCGCGAACCCGUCGCACGCCGGCUCCGCCCGCCCCGGCCGCCCGUCGGCUCCGCGCGCACCGGCUGCUGCCGCUGUGGCCGGCUGCUACUAUGGUGUCUCAGGAUGGUCUAGAACCACCAAACUCAUGUUUUUUGAGUAUAUUUUUGGAAAUGGAUAACUUCAAAAAGGCUUCGACUAUUUGCCCUGAGAGCGAUAUGGAAGCUCUGAAUAAUUUUACUGGAUCCACCCCAGAACAAUUAAGUGGCAAGUUAAAUAGACUGAAACAGAGAUUUGAUCAAGAAAGCAGAAGUAAUAAUAAUCUGAGCAGACAUGUUGAGUCCAUAGACGAUCUGAGGGCAUUGCAUGACAAAAUGGAGCAGAAAAUCUUCAGUAAGCAACAGCUGUUCAAUGAGCACCUGAGAAAGAAAGGUAUCCGUGGAUUAACCUACAUAGAUUACCAGAGUAAAGUUUUAUCUAUUGAGCUAACGAUGCCUCAAGAUGCCUCCCAUGACACCGUCAGACACACUAGAGGACUGUCAGGGGGAGAGCGAUCUUUUUCGACACUUUGCUUCGCUUUAGCACUUCAUGGGAUGACAGAAGCACCUUUUAGGGCCAUGGAUGAGUUUGAUGUAUUCAUGGACGCAGUGAGCCGUAAAAUAAGCUUGGACACCCUUGUAGAUUUUGCUGUUGCACAAGGCUCACAAUGGAUAUUUAUAACACCGCAUGAUAUCAGCAUGGUGAAGCCUAGAGAUCGCAAAUGGAAAAUCGCCUGUCUGUCACUGUGCUCAGUAGUGUAUAUAUCUCCUUAGCCUUAGCAUCCACGUUUGACAGAACCUGUCGGGAACUGCUCGCCUUGUAUUUAAGUUGUGCAUAGCUUC